AUGGGGACGUCUGAGACGACUGGCGGAAAUCCGUUCACACGCUUCGCGUUCGCUUCGGCCCGUACACAGAGCAGCAGCAGCCAUGCGGACGUAAAGGUGGAGUCCGAUAGGCGACUGGAUCUGUUGCUGGAGCUCUAUGAAGCUCGAAAGAUCAUGGAGACGUCGAUCGACAAGUUCGGGACGCAAGUCUGCGUAGCUCCUGGCGUGACCUACGCCAAGGUCGAGCGUUUCCAGCUGUUAGUGGCGGCGCUUUUGAGCUCUCAGACGCAAGAUCCAAUCACUUACGCUGCGAUGCAACGCCUGCAUCAACUCGGAGAGAGCGAAGAAGGACUCACUAUUGAGGUGGUGCAAUCCGUAAGCGAGGAGAAGCUGAGCGAAGCACUGAAACCCGUGGGAUUUUACCACCGCAAGGCGCACCAGCUCAAGCGUGUGGCUGCCAUCCUGCGCACUCGAUUCCACGGAGACAUUCCUCGCUCACUUGAUGAGCUGCUUCAGUUACCAGGUAUUGGACCCAAGAUCGGUCGAGUCAUCACGUUGCUUGCAUGGGGUCAAGUGGACGGCAUCGUGGUGGACACACACGUGCAUCGUCUCGCUCAACGACUAGGCUGGUCAUCGACGACAACUCCUGAAGAUACGAGAAAGGAGCUGGAAGAUUGGAUCCCAAAAGAACACUGGGGCAAGCUCUCCCUCGUAGUCGUGGGCUUUGGCCAGACCGUGUGCACAGCGAAACAUCCGUCCUGCUCCAAGUGUCCAUUAGCUACAAAAUGCCCCAGCGCCUUCAAGGUAGUCGCGUCAAACAGCAAGAAGAGGACCUCGCAAACGAACAAGAAGCACCAAGUUACAGACAAGAAGUCCAGCACGUGA